GAGAAAAUGGGAAGGCAAACAUUUUAUUUGUUAUUGUUUCCAUUCACCGAAACUUCUGAGAACUCCAGAAAUGUGAAAACGGUCCAUAAUUCCAAAGAUUUUCAAAUGGAAGGCUGCAUCCUAUUGAGGCUGUGUCCUUCUUAGUCCAGUCCUUCUGAGGCUUAUAGGCUAGAGUCCUCCUCAGCAUUAAAUGCUAGAAUGAGAUGGUAUAAGUGCACAUGGCUACACCAUAAAUGUUUCGGCCCCCUUUGUCACAACGCAAAAAAUAGCCUAGUAUUAAAACUUUAGCCUAUAUUAAAAACCUUUAUAUAACUGCCUUUCUAUUUAAUGCGGUGCAUGUAUAUCACUGGAGAGAAAGUCAAAGUGCUCUGCAAGCAAGCACAGAUAUUUCUCCAACUACAUAAUGUCGUUUGCAAAGUCAUCAUUCAGAAUAUUGUAAAUCACAGAAGCAGAAUGACUCCUGCAAAAAAGUUAAGAAAUCAUACAAAAAUCAACCCGCAUCUACUUUUCUUCUCAUGUCUGCAAUGUGAAGCUUGACACUUUCCUUUGUGAUGUGGUUUAUUGUGUAAAGUAUAUGUGACGAUGAAAUUUCACUUUUGAAUCUCAACUUCCCAGUUUCUUAAAGUGAGGAACAAAAGAUCUUAGACAAGACUAUAAAUUCUCCCUAUUCAGGACCCAUUAGACAAUUCUUGUAUAUGGACCGCAGUUUGCUAUGUGAGAUGGGUGGAGUGCUGGAGAUGAAUGAAAAGAGGUGAGAAAUUAGGCCAAAGCUGACAACAGAGAUGCUGCUGCAAGAUGGUCUGGGAGGAGCCCACCUGCUUAAAAAGAGAAGAUAUAUUCUCACUAGCACAAUCAUCAGAUUCCCUACUGAAAAGUCAGAAGAAUGAGCAGCAAGGUAUUUGCAACCUGGGUGGUUCUUGCUACAAUUUUCACACUCUCCACUCAGAGUUGUAUAACCCAGUGGUUUGACAAUGAUGACCCAAAUGAUGAUGGAGAUUAUGAGCUGUUGUCUGACCUUCUCAAUAUGUAUCCCGGAGAAAUAUGCCCGAUUCCAAUCGACAUAGAGGCUCAGACUGUCUCCGGCCAACCAUCAUCUAACGUCUUUCAAGUAUACAAUCCAAAAAUUGGGCUUUCCUGUGUAAACGCAGACCAAGAAGGACAGAUUUGUCCCGAUUAUAAGGUGCGCUUCACCUGCCCAGAGACAUGGUGUUCAAAAUGCAGGACACCUUGGUUUGACCGAGAUGAUCCUGGUGGAGUGGGAGACUAUGAGACACUGCCGUCAACCCUGAUAACAUACCCACUACAGGUCUGCGCUCAGCCCAUUGCCAUUGAGGUCACAACCAUUACUGAGACCCCUGUACUGCCUGGAAGCCAAUUUCCAGUAUAUGAUCCAACACAGGGCUUUGCUUGUAAGAAUGCACAACAAAAUGGAUGGUGUCAGGACUACAAGGUCCGUUUCACAUGUCCAGUGAGUUUUUGUGCUCCAAAGUGUGUAACCAGGUGGUUUGAUUCUGACAAUCCUAAUACAAAUGGAGGUGAUUCUGAACUCUUGACUACACUUCUUGGUUUGUAUCCUGGGUACAUUUGUCCGAAUCCACUCGGAAUAGAGGCUCAGACCACCUCGGGCCUGCCAGCAUCUCAAACAGGAAACGUCUUUCAUGUAUAUAAUCCGACAAUUGGAUUUUCUUGUAUAAACUCAAACCAAAAAGGAGGGUUUUGUGCCGAUUAUAAAGUGCGCUUCACCUGCCCAGAGGACUGGUGUUCAACAUGCAGAACACCCUGGUUUGACCAAGAUGAUCCCAUAGGACCAGGAGACGAUGAGAUGCUGCCGUUAAUCCUGAUAGCAUACCCACUACAGGUCUGCACUCAGCCCAUCGCCAUUGAGGUCACAACCAUUACUGGGACCCCUGUACUGCCGAGUGGAAGCGGUAUUACAGUAUAUGACCCGUUACAAGGCUUUGUGUGUGUGAGUGGGGCCUGUCCAGACUACAGGGUUCGCUUCACAUGUCCAGCAAGUUUUUGUGGUACAAAGUGUGUAACCAGGUGGUUUGAUUCUGACAAUCCUGAUACAAAUGGAGGCGAUUCUGAACUCUUGACUACACUUCUCGGUUUGUAUGCUGGGUACAUUUGUCCGAAUCCACUCGGAAUAGAGGCUCAGACCACCUCUGGCAUGUCAGCGUCUCUAACAGAAAAUGUCUUUGAAGUAUAUAAUCCGACAAUUGGAUUUUCUUGUGUAAACGCAAACCAAGGAGGGGCGUUUUGUGCCGAUUACAAAGUGCGCUUCACCUGCCCAGAGGACUGGUGUUCAAAAUGCAGGACACCCUGGUUUGAUCAAGAUGAUCCCACAGGACCAGGAGACGAUGAGAAACUGCCGUUAAUCCUGAUAGCAUACCCACUACAGGUCUGCGCUCAGCCCAUCGCCAUUGAGGUCACAACCAUUACUGGGACCCCUGUACUGCCGAGUGGAAGCGGUAUUACAGUAUAUGACCCGUUACAAGGCUUUGUGUGCGUGAAUGGGGCCUGUCCAGACUACAGGGUUCGCUUCACAUGUCCAGCAAGUUUUUGUGGCACAAAGUGUGUAACCAGCUGGUUUGAUUCUGACAAUCCUAAUACAAAUGGAGGCGAUUCUGAACUCUUGACUACACUUCUCGGUUUGUAUCCUGGGAACAUUUGUCCGAAUCCACUUGGAAUAGAGGCUCAGACCACCUCUGGCCUGUCAGCAUCUCAAACAGGAAACGUCUUUCAAGUAUAUAAUCCAACAUUUGGAUUUUCUUGUGUAAACGCAAACCAACCAGGAGGGAUUUGUGCCGAUUACAAAGUGCGCUUCACCUGCCCAGAGGACUGGUGUUCAAAAUGCAGAACACCCUGGUUUGAUCAAGAUGAUCCCACAGGACCAGGAGACGAUGAGAAACUGCCAUUAAUCCUGAUAGCAUACCCACUACAGGUCUGCGCUCAGCCCAUCGCCAUUGAGGUCACAACCAUUACUGGGACCCCUGUACUGCCGAGUGGAAGCGGUAUUACAGUAUAUGACCCGGUACAAGGCUUUGUGUGCGUGAAUGGGGCCUGUCCAGACUACAGGGUUCGCUUCACAUGUCCAGCAAGUUUUUGUGGUACAAAGUGUGUAACCAGGUGGUUUGAUUCUGACAAUCCUGAUACAAAUGGAGGUGAUUCUGAACUCUUGACUACACUUCUCAGUUUGUAUCCUGGGUACAUUUGUCCGAAUCCACUCGGAAUAGAGGCUCAGACCACCUCUGGCCUGCCAGCGUCUCUAACAGGAAACGUCUUUCAAGUAUAUAAUCCAACAUUUGGAUUUUCUUGUGUAAACGCAAACCAACCAGGAGGGAUUUGUGCCGAUUACAAUGUGCGCUUCACCUGCCCAGAGGACUGGUGUUCAAAAUGCAGGACACCCUGGUUUGACCGAGAUGAUCCCACAGGACCAGGAGACAAUGAGACGCUGCCGUCAAUCCUGAUAGCAUACCCACUACAGGUCUGCGCUCAGCCCAUCGCCAUUGAGGUCACAACCAUUACUGGGACCCCUGUACUGCCGAGUGGAAGCGGUAUUACAGUAUAUGACCCGUUACAAGGCUUUGUGUGUGUGAAUGGGGCCUGUCCAGACUACAGGGUUCGCUUCACAUGUCCAGCAAGCUUUUGUGGCACAAAGUGUGUAACCAGGUGGUUUGAUUCUGACAAUCCUGAUACAAAUGGAGAUGAUUCUGAACUCUUGACUACACUUCUCGGUUUGUAUCCUGGGUACAUUUGUCCGAAUCCACUCGGAAUAGAGGCUCAGACCACCUCUGGCCUGCCAGCAUCUCAAACAGGAAAUUUCUUUCAAGUGAGGAGGGAUUUGUGCCGAUUACAAAGUGCGCUUCACCUGCCCAGAGGACUGGUGUUCAAAUUGCAGGACACCCUGGUUUGACCAAGAUGAUCCCAUAGGACCAGGAGACGAUGAGAAACUGCCGUCAAUCCUGAUAGCAUACCCACUACAAGUCUGCACUCAGCCCAUCGCCAUUGAGGUCACAACCAUUACUGGGACCCCUGUACUGCCGAGUGG